AUGGGCGGUCAGAAGCGGAGGACAAGGCGAGCGGGAUCAGGCGGCAGGUUCUCCGACGAGCCCUCCAGGCGCGCCGUCACAUUACAGCCAGGGGAUGCAGCCGCGUAUGGGAGCCAGGGGGAGCAGAGGUCCUCGCAUGGCAGCGCCGGAGGAAACACGCACAUCGGCUGGGGCGGCAUGCUGCUCCCGGCGGAUGCGCGUGGCACUCUCCCGGACGGAGGGCGCCGGGCAGGCGAUGUGGACCGGACAGCGCGGCAGGUCCGCGUGGACACCGUCGGCGCUGCCGGCCGCGGAGACAUUCAGAGGCAGGGGUCGGGGCAGGGCAGCAAGCGGCGCGCGCAGUCACUGGAGCGACAGGUCAGCUCUGUGGGCGGCGAUGCGGACAGGAUCCGGAUUGUCAGCCGCGCGAGCCCAGAGGAAGAGGGGGAGCUGGGCAGCAGGCGGGAGGUGUCGGCAGGCGAGGAGGCGCAGGUGGGGUUGGACCGGGCUUGCAGCAAGAGAGCCAAAGUUGGGGCGGCCACGGAUCAGCGAGUCACCCUCUCCUUCCGCAUGCCCAGCGUCAAUCCUGAGUGCACGGCCAGGCUCCAACAGGAGAUCGUGGAUUUUGUGGCAAACGUGGCGCCGACAUGGGAGGAGAGCAAUUUGCGCGAUGCAGCGCUGGGGCGGGUGCAGGGCGCCUGCGCGAUGAUGCACUUGUAUGACGUGUACCCAUUCGGCAGCAAAGCCAGCGGCCUGGAGCUGUGGAACUCGGACAUCGAUGUGGUCGUGCUGGGCAUUGUGGAGCCCAGCAAGGACAAUCUGGGAUACACUACAGAGGAGAAGGUUCCGGUGAACGACGUCCUCGGCAAGAUUGUGCAGCAGCUGAGGAGGUCCAACAGCGUCCGGAAGACGUUCCACAUCAGGCAGUCGCGCGUCCCCAUCAUCAAGUGCACUACCGUGGAGGGUGUGGAUGUGGAUGUGUCUGUGAAUGGCGACCGGGGCAUUUGCGCCGCACAGUUUCUCAUUGAUCAGCAGGCCAGGAGACCGGCACUGCGGCCUCUGAUCCUUCUGAUCAAAGCCGUCCUCAAGGUGCUAGGACUGGGCGACGUUUCCCAAGGUGGUCUUGGCAGCUUCUCUCUCGCCAACAUGGUGAUUGCACACCUGCAGGAAGAGGAAAAGGUGGGCCGUGGACAAGAGAACUUGGGCGUCUCACUGCUGGCAUUCCUGCUGCGGUAUGGGACCUACUUUAACUAUGACCAGCAUGUUGUCGCGAUUGGACGCGGCGGCAUAGUCUCAAGGACGGCAGUCCCCGGCGCUGUGCCGGCUCAGUCGCACUUGGGCACCCGUAUCUCUGUGGAGGACGCAGACACUCUGAGGCGAGAAUGA